AUGGGGGAGUGGUCCUUUCUCUCUGCGUUGCUGGACAAGGUGCAGUCCCACUCUACCGUGUUUGGGAAAGUGUGGAUGAGUGUUUUGUUCCUCUUCAGGAUUUUUAUCCUGGCUGCUGGUGUGGAUCAUAUAUGGGGAGAUGAACAGGCAAACUUGAAAUGCAACACCAUCACCCCGGGUUGUCUGAACGCCUGCUACGACCAUUCAUUUCCUCUGUCCCACACACGUUUCUGGGUCCUCCAGAUACUUACCGUGUCCACACCGACGCUCAUGUACCUGGGACACGUACUGCUGGUCAUGCGCCAAGAAAACAAGAUGAGAAAACGCCCCCAGCAGAAAACUGACACCAAGUUCAAUAAAGUUCCAAAGUAUUCAGAUGAAAGAGGCAGAGUGGAGCUCAAGGGCAUCUUGUUGGUCAGCUAUAUGCUACAGUUGGUCUUCAAGACCUUGUUUGAAGUCUCGUUCAUCGUAGGUCAGUACUAUCUCUACGAUUUUAUUCUUAUGCCAAAAAAUCUCACAUGUUCUGAAAAGCAGAAGCCGUGUAAAGGACUAGUAAACUGCUAUAUCAGUCGUCCCACCGAAAAAUCAGUCUUCAUCGUUUUCAUGCUGGUAGUCGCCGUCUUCUCAGUGCUUCUCAACAUUAUCGAGAUGUUGCACCUGAUGGUCUUACAGGUGAAGAACAGGAAGAGGAGAAGCACCUGA